UCACUGUUCCAAUACUUUUGGAGGGCACUGUAUAUGUGUUCAUGCAAUGACCACCAUGCCAGGCACAUCUUGGGACUGUCUACACACGUGGACACAUCCUUUGAUGAGUUGGCCUGGGUGGACUGUCUCCACAUCAAGGCAUUUAAUGGGGUUUUGCCCAGUAUUGAGGAUGUCCCGGAUAGUCCCAGUGAAAUGUAGCACAGUUAUGCCACUAAUGGAACAACAGAGAACAGCAAUGUCAAACGUAUUCUGUUUGCCGGCAGUUACUUUGUUGUUGAAAAAGAUGGAUAUGCAAUCAUCAAAGUGAGUGCUGGCGCAAUGAGGUGUCAGACGUGCCGUUUGCACCAGAGGAACUGCUGCCACGUGCAAAUCCUGCAGGACAUCCUCAACGAUGAAGCACACCUUUUAUCGUUAGGGAUUAAGGAGGCAAUGAAAGAGGGGUCUGUAUACCCUGACACUGUGAAAGAGGCUGUUUCCACAGAACCAGUCCUCUUUCACAUUCCUUUACCAGAUAGGGUUCGUUAUGGGACUGCUGUUCCUAAUCUUCACAAAGAGAAGGAUGGAGUGUUCCUCCUGUAUCCCACCCCCAAGGAACAAUGUGACUGUGGCAGGCCAUUAUCAUUGACCCCUCAGAAAGAUACACAUUUGUACACCAGAUGCCAUGUGUACAAAGUGAAAGGCCACCAACUCACAUGCACAAUGUGUCCCAAAACUCAUAACUAUGAUGGUGGAUGUGAUUUCAUUCUAAACAUGGGCACAUACAUGGUGCACCAUGAAGUCCUCAGGGACUAUGUUUAUCAUUUCCUAAAUUCAAGCACAACAAUGUACAACUUCUUAGAAGUGUACAACACUCAUCUGCGAGAUGCAGGGACACAGGACUCUCUCCAGAUGUCUUACCGCAAGUUGAGGGAUGCAGUCAUAGCCUUUUUGCAGCUUCUGUCUGCAGACUUUAGCUGGGGAUUCAAAUGUCCCAUCUGCCAAGAUAACUUCAAUGAGGUUGUUAUGGAUGGCACCUCUUUGGGGUAUCAGCAGCGGUAUGGCCUCAAAGAAAGGCUUGUUCCUGGCCAAACUGUAAUGAACAGUGGAAGCAGUCACAGAACGAGAACUUUGAUCCCUGAGCCAGACCUCCGUAAGCUGCUGCAGCGCUACAGUGCAGACGGGCUCCUCCCUGGAGAACACAGGGAAAUGAUGUCACAGAGUGCCAAAAGCGCCCCAUUCCUCCUGCCCCUUUUGCAGAAGCUGGCCCUGACUUCACCCACACACGCAAACAGAGGCUUGUACACUACAGACACGUGUAAAAAGGAGGCCAGUGACUGUAGGAAGACAGCAGGCAGACACCCUAACCUGAUCCCUGGCAUAUUCACCCUGUUCUGCACACAUGGUGUUUGUCUUGGGUUUUCAAUAAUGGAGCAAGUGGAGUCGGUGAACGUGCCGUUUACCAUACUCCGGACACGUUUUCGACAAUGCCCCAAGACAGUCAUAUAUGACAACGCCUGUCAGCUACUGCUUGCGAAGGGACCCAGGUUUUUUUAGAGAGACUUGGUUUCUUGUGGAUCGUUUGCACUGGCGCAACCACUCAGGGUGUAACAUUGGAUACAAUCUGGACAGCUAUCCUCAGUUCCAGAAAAUAAAUUCUCAGGUGGCAGAGCAGAAUAACUCGCUCUUGAAGAAGAUGAAAGGACAACUGUCCUACAUGAACAGGGAGAACUUCAUCAGGCAUCUGAUGCUCUUCCUGUGGCACAGAUCAUGCAAAGUCAUACAAAACUUUGAGGUAUGUAAUGACUUGGAGCAAUACACCCAAGACCAUCAACCAAAAGAUAUCGGCAGCCAACUCAACCACAAUAUGUCAAGUCAUUUUUCCAUCUGUAUUGUUUAUUUUCCCAUUUUAAGUGUUUGUUUAAUCAACUUGUUUCAUUGGCCCUGUUACAUAAACAAAUUAA